AUGCGCAGGCGCCUGCUGGUGGAACCGAUCUGGUCCAAGGCCACGGUCACGUCCACCCUGCACCGGAGAGCACCGGGGGCUCCAGGCAGCACCCGGCAGCUCCGCGCCUUGGGGGUCACAUCUGUCACGCACAGCGCCUGCGGGGAGACCGUCAGCAGGGACCGAGGUCCCCAGGUACUGUGGCACAGCCGCCAGCGCGGCGUUGGCAGCGCUGAUAGACGCGGGUGCGUUUCUCCCUCCCCUCCUCAGGAGCUCUUUGCGGAGUUUGGGACCUUGAAGAAGGCAGCUGUGCACUAUGACAGAUCCGGCCGCAGCCUAGGGACGGCGGACGUGCAUUUCGAGAGGAAGGCAGAUGCUCUGAAGGCGAUGAAGCAGUACAACGGAGUCCCCUUGGACGGGCGCCCCAUGAACAUUCAGCUGGUCACGUCACAGAUCGACACACAGAGGAGACCAGCACAGAGUGUAAACAGAGGUGGCAUGACCAGAAACCGUGGUGGUUCGGGAGGAUUUGGUGGUGGAGGAGGCAACAGGCGAGGUACUCGUGGCGGGAACAGAGGGAGAGGCAGAGGAGCUGGAAGAACUUCCAAACAGCAGCUCUCCGCAGAAGAGUUAGAUGCACAGCUGGAUGCUUAUAAUGCCAGGUGUAAGUCGCGAGUGUGAGGAUGGCAGAGCAGGAGCCCACGGCGGAGCAGCUGGCCCAGAUUGCAGCUGAAAAUGAGGAGGACGAACACUCUGUCAACUAUAAGCCACCUGCCCAGAAGAGCAUCCAGGAGAUCCAGGAGCUGGACAAGGACGAUGAGAGCCUGCGCAAGUACAAGGAGGCACUGCUCGGCGCCGUCACCGUCACUGCAGAUCCCAACGCUCCAAACGUGGUGGUGACAAAACUGACUUUGGUCUGUGCUACUGCUCCUGGCCCUCUGGAGCUGGACCUGACAGGUGACUUGGAGAGCUACAAGAAGCAAGCGUUCGUGCUGAAGGAGGGUGUGGAAUACCGGA